AUGAGUUAAGGAAUGAAUAAUAAUUCUUAAAUACCAUUUUUAGGUAUUACACAAGAUUUGGACUUAUGCUAAAUGUUUUUAAGGUAUGACAUUGAACUUAUUUAUAACAUGCUAAUAAUUUAUUGAUAUCCAUAUAUUUAUUUGAUAGGCUUAUGAUUAUAUUAGUUAACAGCAAAAUCCAUUGUUUUAAGCAUUACUUAAUUCCAAAAUCUAAUAGCUCUAUUAAGCAUAGCUAUUGCAAAAUCUACCAUAAAGUUUGAACUUAAAUAAUUCAUCUAAGGAUCUCUUUCCAAUUCCAAAUAUGCUGAGUAAGUUAAUAUUUAUAUAUCUGACACCCUCAUUUAUAUACCAUAUAUAUGAAUUAUUUACCAUAAUUAUAUAGAUGUCUUGCCUGUGAAUAAACCAAUAGAACUGGAACAAUACUUUUCUAAUUCAACACAAUUUUUAUAAUAAGCCAAUUUCCUAAACCCAUAUCAUCUACAACAAAGGAAUUUCAAUUAAAAGUAAAAAAACAACGUUGAUAAUCCAAUUACAGUUGAUGAUGAUGAACCAUAAUAACAGUAAAAAAAAUGUCAUAAUCCUCAAUGUAAAAAUGUGGGUGACAAAAAAAUCAAAUCAAAAAAGAAUGAUAUAUUAUUCUUUUGUGAUAAAUGUUCCAAAUUAUAUAAUAAAGGAAAUUAUUGUGAUUAUUGUGAAUAAGUACAAAAUUUUGAUAUAUUAUUUUUUAAGGUUUAUGGAUCCUAUGAUGAUGAGGCAAGAUGGAUAUAAUGUGAUUCAUGUCAAAAAUGGGUAAAAAGAUAAGUUAAUUUAAUUUAGAAUCAUAUUAUAUGUGAAUAAAAAAAUAGGAAUUAAAAUAUUCAAAUAGAAAUUGAAACUAAUCAAUAUCAUUGUCUCACUUGUUCCAAAAAUAUUAAGAAACCAAAAAUUAUUAAAAAAGUUGAAGAACCUCCAAUUAUUAAAUAGCGUCCAAUAAUAGAAUAAGAGGAUUUUAGAAACAGAGAAAAAAACAUUAAUUUUGUUGCAACCAAAGAUAAUAAAAUUUAAUAUAGUAUACAAGAGAAUCUAAAUUAUAGCAUUUCGAUUUAAUCUUAUGGAUGAUGAAAUCAAAUAAGAUUUAGAUUAAUUGAGAAAUUCAACAAAAAAAAAACAAAAAAUUUAAUAAUCAUCUCCACCAAAAAUCUCAUAAGUCAUCCAAACUUAAUAAACUACUUAACCUUAAUAAUAGUAAUAAAUCUAAUAAGAAGUAAAAUAUAUAUUUAAUCUUAUUAUUUAGACUUAAGAGACUUCAUUUAAUAAUAGAAAUUUAAGAAGAAGAAUUAAUUAAAAAAUUAAUUAUAGAGAUUUGAUUGGAGAGUAUUGA